AUGAAGUAUUUUACGCUGUCCUUUCUGCUGUGCUGCCUGAGCCUCCAAGUGUUGAGUGCCCCCCAGUGGGGCCUAGGAUCAGGAUUUGGCUAUGGUUUUGCGCCCUACUCGGGCUAUGGCGGCAACUAUGCCUCGAGCAGUGCGAGUGCUGCAGCGAGUAGUAGCGCUGGAUAUCAACAAGGAUUCGGAUCGCCCUAUGGGGGCUAUGGCGGUUUUGGUGGAUAUGGAGGAUAUGGAGGCUAUGGAGGCUAUGGCCAGCAGUACAAUCAGUUUAGUAAUCAGCAAAACAGCUACGGAUCCUCCAGCUAUGGCGGCUACGGCGGAUACCCCUUUGGAUAUGGCAGAUGA